AUGGCAUCAGAACCUCUAGAUGUGUCCUCACAGAUUCCACAAAAGGCUUCGGGGCCCAAGAAGUCAUCUUUGAUGAUAGACCAUGGGUCAAAUGGGAAUCAGGGGGGCGCCGAAGCGGCCAGCAACGGGUUGGCCUUCCCGAGAAUUGUGUCACCAAAUGGGGAUUUGAUUAUUGAACACACAGAUCCGUCUUCGACGGCAGCCAACAUGUCCUGGCAAGUAUCAAGCAAGAUGCUUAUUGAAAAGAGCCCAUAUUUUAGAGCUAUGCUUGAUCCGGUAAAAUUUGCUGAAGGGAGGCAACUCGCGCAACAAAUAGAAGCGUUGAAUAUCAAUUUGAACUCGCAUUCAGAAUUCAACGCUGAAACUACCGAGGACUCGGACCAGAUCUCUUUACCCGUUGUAUAUAUUACUGCAAACACGGUUACCAAGCUUUGUGGUCCGGAUGUUUUAGGCCUCUUCAUCAAGGUUCUUUGUUUAGACUGUAUGGACGAUCAUGUCAAGCAGUCCUUUCAAAAUGCUCUGAAGAUUGAAUCGCCAUCUACCAUUGCCAAGCUUAUUCAUAUCGCCGAUGCAUUCAAUUCAUUGGAUCAAAUCAAAGCUAUCCUCCGCUCAAUUGACUAUCAAUACGGCAAGAAAGGGAGAGCUUCGGUUUCUCGUUUUAGCACUGUAUUGUUGAAAAUGAAAGAAGAUCGCAUUCGACAGAUCAUUCUGAUUUCUAAAACCAUUCAAAAUCCGAUCGUUACUCGUGUAUUUACACAUGUGUUAGUUAUUGCUGGCUCAAGGUUUUGGAGAAAUGCUCCAGAACCUCCAUCUGGUGAAUACCUCCAAUGGCAUUAUCUACCAAGCAAUGUUGAAGAGGAGCUUUACUAUAGACGGCAGUGUGUCAUGAACACAAUUACCGAUUUACAUGCAUAUUUCUUACGUGCAUAUGGGGCGUUAGAGGAUACCGAUCCCAACCCAGCGCCGCCUCGCAGCUCAUUAGGCGCAGCAUUUUCCACGUCAUCUCAAACGCGUCAUUUUCAAUGUCGAGCAGGACUGGCAAACGCAAGUCAGUGUGAUAUGUUCCAGCUCGGACAGAUGGUACGGUUUUUUACGAUGCGUAGCAAGACAGCAUUUGUGGGCUCUAAUUUGACCGAUCCCGACUUUUCCCUCGAUCCGUCAAGUGAGGAUGGGGACAUCGAAAUUCAAGAUCACUCUCCCGCUUCAUCUGACGUGAUCACCACUAUAACGUCUUUGAGACAAUAUCCGGAUUAUCAGAUUGAUGCGCACCAUGGAAGUUGUGGUGUCCGACGUCGGCUACUUCCAAUCAUACCCUGCAUUGAGAAAUACCUACUAGACUCUCAGGGACUUUUAGGUAUUGACUACGUGAUUUGGAGUAACAUUGAUGCUCGUCAUUCAGCACAGUGGAUUGGAAGUCGGAAGACUCAUUCCGUUGAUGUUCGACAGGCUCAGAUUGUUUCAAUCUCUGCUCAUCGAGGGGAACCCAAAUCCCGUCGCUGGGUAGACCGAUAUGCGGAGGCAUUAUUCACGGCCAAGAGCCGCAACUGGGAAGCAUGA